UUGAAGUUGAAAUCGAAGUAAGAUGGCUGUUAAAGUACACAUUGAAUACUGGUAAGGGAUCUACGUUUUUUAUUGUAAAUUUGUUAUAAGUGCAUGAUUGCCGUCGCGACAGUCGAUGGAUUGUAUUGUAUGUAGUUUUGAUUUUUUUGGACUGAUCCUACAACUGUUUUAUUUGGAUUUCAGGAAAAUAAUUUGCAAAGUUGAGAUCAGAUUUUAACUCCCAGGGUAGAAUGUGAAAAUAUAUUAAUUUACUUAUAAUUAAGAACGUCUGAACAUUCUUUGUUUUCAUUCUCGAAGUGGAGAGGUCCGGCAAUUUCCGAGCUCAAUUUUUGUUUGUAGACACACUUCCUGUUAGGCAUGCCAAGACAAACCAGAAGAUUAUUUACCUAAUUAUCCUUACAAUACAAUACACCCUUCUGGAAAGUAUGAAAUUUUGGCUAUAGAUCCUUGUUUUCGUGUAUGAGAGGUUAUAGUUAAAUUGUGACAUACUUUCUGGAAGAGUCUAUUGAGAAUAUAAAUAUGCACACUAGGGGCGCUUUCCAUUUCGACAAAAAAAACAGUUUGCAGUUCCGGAAUGUCCAGUGGCAAAAUGGAACGCUACAGCGUGACAGGCCUUGUAAAUGAUAGGAGGCUAACAGGCGCUUUCCAUUUGACGGAAAUUCCGGAAAUCUUGCUUGAAAAUCAAAUGGAACACGUUAAUUUCUGGAAUGAUGUUUCUUUAAUUUCGAAGAGUUUGACACUACCGCUCAAAUCUCUCCUGCCAGCAUUUGGUGAAAUAAAUCCAGACUCGAGGCACUGAAAUGGUCGAGAACACGCCAUUUUUCGUUUUGGUGGCGGUUUUUGCUCAAAAAACUUUUGGAAAGCAGCAACGUUGAUUGGGAAAUGUUUUAAUGGAAUGUAAAUAUUUCGAAAAUUCCGGAAUUUCCAAUUUGUGGAAAACCGCGAGAGAUUGUCCGGAAUUUUCGAAACAACAUUCCAGAAAUUAACGUGUUCCAUUUGAUUGGGUGGCCCAUAUGACCACAAAGCUAUGGGCCACCCAUUUAAUAUUCGUACCCCCCCCCCCUGUUGAGGAUACAUGUUUUCAUAGUUAUACCCUUGAAGAAUUCCAAGCUCAAAACUCUUCACUCCCUGAAGAAUAUUCCAAACUUUGAAAAAUUUCAAUCUCUAACCUUUUUACCCCUGAAGAAUUCCAAGCUCAAAACCCUUUCCUUGACGAAUUACAAGCUCAAAACCCUUUCCUUGAGGAAUUACAAGCUUAAAACCUUUUAACCCUGAAGAAUUACAAGCUCAAAACCCUUUAUACUUGAAGAAUUCCAAGCUCAAAACCCUUUAAUACCCCUGUAGAAUUCCAGUGAUCCUUGACAGGGGGGGGAUGAUUAUUAAAUGCAUAGCCCAAUGUCACUUUAAUUUGACUUCGAUUUUUCAAUUAUUAUUUGGCCUCCAGCUGUGCCAACAUUAGUGAUUUUGAUUAAAAUUACUGAAUAAAGUGAAUUAUUUGCUGGUUAAAGUCUAAAAUUUGUGCCUUGAAUUUACUGAAAAAGGGCCUUGAAAGUCCUGGAAAAGUCCUUGAAUUUCACCUUCACCAAAGGGUGGACACCCUGAUGUAAGCAUCAUUUUUAGCAAAUCAAAGAAUUCAUACCAGUCCUGAGGAUAUUGAAGGAUAUUACAAGGAUUAGAAUACUCUGGUAGCCCUGGCCGGCCUUGAGUGACAACAGGUUUAUUGCAUCUGUUUUAGUGGUGGAUGAGGGUACCUCCCUCGCUUCCGGGAACUGGAGCACCGUAUCAAGAAAUCAAUUCCUGAUGCUACUGUCACUGGUCAAAUUGGGAGAAGAAGUAAGAAUUAGAGUAAAAUACAUAUCUGAGACACACUCUAUUUUAAUUAAAAACUACUCUUCAAGCAUCUAUGCAUAGCUAUAUAUAUAUAUAUAUUUACAUAAAGCGUAAUAUGUACAGUAUACUAUAUGACACAAAAUGCACCAAGAAAAAUGGGAAAAUAUGACACUCUUAAUGCAUGUAUAAAACAAAACAAAAAAGUAAUGUGAUUGUAACCCAUUGAGAGACAUUGCUCUCCCCUUGAUGAGUAAAAAUCAUCUGGCAUUAGUAAAAUGAUAAAGCAGGGCACAUUUAAUGGGAUCACUAUUUAUUUUUUAUAUUUUUAAAUAUUUUUUAUUUUAAAUUUGUGGUUUUUAUAUUAAAAUUUGCUGCCUAAAGUAGGCUUUACUUUCGACAGUAGCUUUUGGCCUCACUCGAAUACACAAUUAUAUUAACUAUGCAAUGUUUGUAAAGCAGUGUUCACCGUCAUGGCUUAAAUCAGCAUAUUUAACUAGAAAACUGUAGAUGGGUAGGGAUUCAACCACCUGAAAAUUAAAACUAAAGUAGUUAAUCUUUUAAAACUACAUGUUGUUAAUGUGUCCUGAAAUGAAAGAUUCAGGGAUCAAAACAGAAUAAAAAAGAGAGGGAAAUCUGCCAUUCUGCCCAUGUGAAAUGAAUAAAAUCAUCUGGUAUUAGACAGAUAAGAUGUUAACUAUAAGUAUCAUCUGUAUGAAUAAUUAGAACUAAUUAUAAAAUUGUUUUGUAUGUGUGUUCCAGGUUCAUUCGAGAUUACAGUUAAUGAUACUCUUAUUUACUCUAAGUUGGAAAAAGGCGGCUUUCCUGAAUUCAAGGAG